AUGCGGCUCAUGGUGUGCUUACCAGUCGUCUGCCUGACUCUUGGUCGAGUUUUGGCUCGGCCUGGUUUCGAUGGCCCUGCAGCACGAUAUCACUCUCUGAACCGCUACGAACCCGAAUCAUCCGAAUGUGCCUCCAACAAGGACGUUCCGGUCAAAGCGCCGUGGAAAAACAUUUUCCAAAGUCUUACAGACCAGGAGUAUGCUGAUGUUACUGCGUAUCUUCACAAGCAGGAUGAACUCAACCUUACUGCUAUUGCUAACUCGACAUCCUGGGAUAAUGUCAUUGUCUCCCUUGACCUGUUGCAGCCCAACAAGACAGAUGCCUUGACGUAUCUUGAAGGUCAUGGACUAGCUCCAACUCGCUAUGCUCGGGCUACACUGCAAUUCAACUCGCAACUGCAACCCUACAUUCAGGAGUACAUGGUCGGCCCAUUACCUGUCAAGGAAGGAUCCACUCAAUACGAGGAGCUCAACUACAUGUUCACUUCUGGCCGAGGUCGCAUCAACGUGUACAACGCUGACUCUGAGGCCAUCGCUGCUUUCAACUUGGUGGUUGGAGCAGACAUCAAGAAGAUCACCAAGAAACUGCUCAAUGGUACCGCUACAGGUUCUAAAGACGACAAUCUCUUGAUCGCAGGUAGUGAUCCAUUGAUCCACCAUGGGGAUAGAGUCUAUCAGUGGAACGAGUUCUACUCUGCUCACACAGGCGAAUUCUUUUCCGAGACCAUCUUGCCCACCAGUCUACAGUUCAAAGUCGACAUUACCGGUCGCGAUCCUUCCAAAUGGAAAGUCGUUGGUUGGUACUACGACGGCAAUUACUGGCCCACGACGGCUAAGUUCAAAGAGGCUGCCGCGACGCUGAAGCGAAAGCCAGGGCCCAACGUCGAUGGGCCUUGGACCUCUACUGAUCAGCAAGGCGAGAAGCUGCCUCUGGAUCACCUAUAUCCUCCUGUCGCUGUUCAGCCUGAUGGUCCGCGGUUUGGUCUGGAUAGGAAGGAGAACUACAUCGAAUGGAUGGACUUCAGCUUCUUCAUCUCGAACCACAAAGAGACUGGCCUCCAGCUCCAUGAUGUCAGAUACAGAGGCGAGCGUAUCAUUUACGAAUUUGGCCUUCAGGAAGCCAUGGCACACUACGCUUCGCAAGACCCGCUGCAUGCCUCAUCAGCGUAUCUCGAUACCUCGUACGGUAUCGGUACCAGCCAGUGGAAUCUGGUCGACGGCUUUGACUGCCCUUCCCACUCCACGUAUCUCAACACAUCAUUCUACAUCAGUGAGAUAACCCACAUCCACCCCAACAGCAUAUGUCUCUUCGAGCAUGACACUGGAUAUCCCAUCCAGCGCCAUCUGACAUCGACACAUGUUUCCGCGACCAAGAACAUUGUCUUCAAUGUUCGCAGUGUCUCUACGGUUGGUAACUAUGACUAUUUGUUUGAGUAUAGCUUCCACUACGAUGGAUCCAUCAGCGUCACUGUCCGCGCAUCUGGCUACAUCCAGGGCGCCUUCUGGUCUGGAGAUGGUGAUUAUGGGUUCCAUAUACAUGACAACUUGUCGGGUUCCAUGCAUGACCACGUGAUCAACUUCAAGCUUGAUUUGGACAUCAAGGGCAGGAAGAACAGUCUGUUGAAGACUGAGUUUGUGCCGAUCGCCAAGGUGUACCCGUGGUCUGAGGGACAGUCCAUCAACACUAUGAAGGCUAACCGGUCUUACGUCACCAACGAAGAUGACGGCAAGAUCACGUGGGCAAAGAACGGAGCCGCUGCUUACGCCGUUGUCAACAAGGAUGCGAUUAACGAGUUCGGAGAGGCGCCUGGUUACGCCAUCUCCCCAAACAGCGGCAGCACAGGUCAUUUGACUGUUCAGUCAUCCACAGCCCUUGGACAGUCGGCGAAUUGGGCCAAUCACAACAUCUACGCCCUGCAGCAGCAUGACACCGAGCCCAAGAGCGCCUAUGCCUUCAACAGUUACGACCCGCAUCAUCCAGCCGUAGACUUUAACGAGUUCUUCAACAGUGAGAGUCUUGACCAAGAAGACAUUGUCUUGUACUUCAAUCUCGGCAUGCACCAUCUUCCCAAUACAGCCGAUCUGCCCAACACCGUGACCACCAAGGCUGUUUCCUCCAUGAUCAUCACACCUCAGAACUACUUCGCAGGUGACGUCUCGCGACGCACAAUGCACAGAGUCCGCGUCUCAUAUGACGAGAAGUCUAACGUUACUGAUGUGAAGAUGUUUGGCACGAAGCAGCCUACUUGUGCGUUUGACAUGAAGAAUGUCACGCCAAAGUUGGAUACAUUUGUUGGAGAGCUUCAGAUCCCCAAGUUCCCUUUCAAUCCAAGUGGUAGUCUUCAGACCAACCCUGGUGGUUAG